UACGGAUCUCCCUACGUCCAUUCAUGGCUGGAAGGCCAAAUUCGUGUUCGUCACCUUGGGUCAGGGUGGCUUCUUUCCUUCUAAUGGUCACAGCGGCCUCUUUGAGUUGCAUACCCCCCUUUGGAGUGCCGAAAUAAGCAAUCAGGUAGAGGCCUUUAUUGAGGGGGGGCCGAGGAGCAUCAAGACGUACGUUACUGAGUACCGGAUGGCCGCCCUCGGCUUUGUGAGAUACUAUUGUCCUGGUGACGUCGAUGAUGAUCUCUGGCCGAAGAUUGUGGGGUCUUAUGAGCAAGCCGACGGGCCCCGUCUUGGUGUGCCGGCCGAGGCCGAAGGCUUCGUCAUGGACCGCAUAUCUUUUAUGGCUCGGGCUGCCAAGAAGGCCGAUGCGGAGCUCAAGGCCGCUCGGGCCGCUGAGAAAGCGAAGGCCUCUACUGGCGGUUCUCAAGGAGGGGGCGAGGCCGUUAAGAAAGCUGCUCCCAAGAAGAAGAGAGGAGCCGAUGAAGGCCAGAAAACUUUGGCUGAGGCGGGUCUGAAACCGACCCAGGUUUUAAAGAGGACGAAGAAGGCUCCUUCUUAUGACGAGGUCGGCGUUCCCUCUACUCAGGCCGCUGUGGAUGUUCAGCCGGCCGUAGUCCCUCCUCCGCACGAUCCGCCCUCAUCGGCUUUAGUGGCUUCGGCUUCUCGGGUGGCUCCCUCUACUGCCGCCGCUGCCCGUUUAGAGGAGGCCCUUGCCAAGGGAACGUACGAAGUGACCGUGCGCUACCCGGUGAAGGGCGGUCUCUUCAACGAGACUGUAAGCGGUGAUGAUGUGCUUGCCCAGGCUAUGCCUGAGUAUGACCGUCAAUAUCUCAGCCGACAGGGUAAGCAUGUUCGGCUAUACGAUGGAGG